AUGGCGGAAGCGACAGACGCGGAGUUGAGCGUGGCGGCGGAGCCGCCCACUGUCGGCAGCGGCCAGCAGGCUACUGUAGUGUGCGGGGAAGCUUCGGAGUCGGACGACGAGGACCUCAGCGUUUCCACCAGCACAGUCGCCAGCGAUCUGAGUGUGUCGAGUGCCAGCGACAGUGCUACGUCGAGCGAGCGUCGAUCUGCGGAACCUAGCCAGCACAGAACGCUUCUUCACCGAAAACUGCGUGAACGUAACGCAAGCUUACGGAGGAGCAUAUGCGAACUGAUGCGGCAUCCCUAUCAGAACGCUGCCCGCGAACUCGGUGCUAUUUCCCAAAACCUUGUUCGCUCGCAUCAACUUCUGCAAGAAGUGUCUACCUUCCUCAGGAAACUGACCAACGAGCUUUUCCAGAUUGAAGACAAGCUCGACACUAUACAGCACUGCAACAUCAUUCCGGAGAUAACGAUUCCGCCGCCAAAUCCCCGUGCGUCACCAGAACGCCUGUGA